AUGUCAGCACAAGAAUACUACAACAGCGCCCCUAGCAGCGAUGGUAAUACGUCGCAACCACCUCAGUACUAUGGUCAACAGCAAUAUAACAUGAAUGGAAACUACCCACAGCAAGGUAGCACUCCUCAGCAGGGCUACGAUGCUAACAAUUGUCCACCCGCCAAUCUAAAUGGCCAGCCCCAAUACGACCAAAAUAGGGAUCACAACGUUCCAUUCACGCAGCAAUUCCCUCUUGGCACGGCUCCAGGUUCCGAGGAGGCCAAUGGCGAGCGAGGUCUUGGCGCUACUGUCGUUGGUGGUGGCAUCGGAGCUUUUGCGGCCAAGAAAUCUGGUGGUGGGUUGCUUGGCGCCAUUGGUGGUGCGGCAGCGGGUGCUAUCGGCGCGAAUAUGCUCGAACAUGCCUACAAGUACGUCGUUUUGCAUCAUCUCCUUGAUAUCCCGAUUUCUGCUCUCUAG